CGGGAAAUAACGUAUGAUGGAGACGCGCCUCGGUCACUGCCUUUUCAUCCUUUUCUACGAGUGGAUCUGGCUCUUCACCCUAACUUCCAUCCUGGGCGGAACAAAAGCGGAGGUGAGGUGCAUUCCCUCGUGUCAGCUGCCGCUCGUCGCUGCGUUUCCCCGGGAACUCUCGACGCUGGAUUUUGAUCAUUUUGGCGAGGCACCGGCGGAGGAAGUCGGUGGAUUUUACGCGCGGUCCCCGGGCGCCACAGUCACCGUCGCCGGGGAUGAAAAGCACAACGUUGCGGGAUUAACCACGAGCGGAGAAAGUUCCAAAGUAGAGGCACGGUCAGGGGGAAAUAAAACAAGUUGCACCCAGAAGGACGCGUCAUGCGAGCAACACAAACUUUCCCACUCGGAAGUGUUUAUUGAUCCCUUUCCUGAUGACACAACCGAAAAUAACACCGGGGAUGCUCAACGCUUGUACGGAGAGGACGUGGAGCAGGUUGACGUGACGGUGGACGAGGAUGUGGCCGGUUGGAAACGGACGCGGAGGAGCGCAGCAGAGACUUGGUCCGGCUUCAGACCCCAGGGCGAGGACGAGGGUUCGUUUUCGGACCAGGAGGAGUUCCAGCUCACAAGUUCCACAUUUGCACUGAGCGGGGACACGGCUCACAAUCAGGCGAUGGUGCACUGGUCCGGACAAAACAGCAGCGUGAUCCUCAUGUUGACGAAAUACUAUGACUUCAACACCGGCAGAGUAACAGAGAGUUCUUUGUGGAGGUCAACUGAUUACGGCACCACGUAUGAGAAACUUAAUGAGAAAGUUGGGCUGAAAACCAUACUGAGCUACUUGUACGUGAGUCCGAACAACAAGAGGAAGAUCAUGUUGCUGACUGACCCGGAGGUGGAGAGCAGCCUGCUCAUUAGCCUUGACGAGGGGGCGUCCUAUCAGAAACACAGCUUAGCCUUUGAUAUCCUCAGUCUGCUUUUUCACCCAGAGCAGGAGGACUGGAUUCUGGCUUACAGCCACGACCAAAAGCUCUACGUCUCUGUUGAGUUUGGCAGAAAGUGGCAGCUCGUGCACGAAGGUGUCGUCCCCAACAGAUUCUACUGGUCCAGACUGGGUUUAGAUAAAGAGCAAGGAAUGAUUCACCUGGAGAUCAGUGUCUCUGAUGGACGGUCACAGUACAUAACUUGCAAACUUCAGAAUUGCUCUGACGGAAACAAGGGCAAGCCUUUCCCCGGAUUUAUCAUCCCCGAUUCCCUGGUGGUUCAGGACGAAUACGUUUUCAUCCAGGUGCCGAUAAGUGGCCAGUCUGUCCACUACGUGUCCUACAAGAGAAAUUCUUUCUACCCGAUGAAGCUUCCUAAGUACACUCGGCCAAAGGACCUGCAGAUAAUCAGCACCGAUGAUAACCAGGUGGUGGCAGCGAUUCAGGACUGGCACCAGAACGACUCCUACAACCUGUACAUGUCCGAGUCCCGGGACCUGUCCUUCACCCUGAUGCUGGAGAGCGUUGUGAGCAGCGGAGGGCCCGAGGGCAACAUCAUGAUAGACCUUUAUGAGGUUGCCGGGAUUAAAGGGGUGUUCCUGUCAAAUAAAGUUGUUGAGAACCAAGUGAAAACUUAUAUCACAUACAACAAGGGAAGAGACUGGCACCUUCUGCAGGCUCCGACAACCGAUCUCCAGGGAAACAAGGUCUAUUGUGAGCAGCCGUUCUGUUCUUUACACCUGCACCUUCAUGUGUCGGAGAAUCCUUACACCUCAGGAAACAUCGUCAGCAAAGACUCCGCUCCAGGAAUCAUAAUAGCAUCAGGUGUUGUUGGACCUGAGCUGACCAACACUAAUGUCAGUAUUUUCAUCACAUCCGAUGCUGGAAACACCUGGAGAGAGGUUUUUCAGGAAGAGUACAGUGUGUUUUUCCUGAAUCAAGGAGGAUCUCUGGUGGCCAUCCGACACACACCUCUGCCAAUUAGACACAUUUGGCUGAGUUUUGAUGAGGGCAGAAACUGGGACAAAUAUAGCUUCACCUCCUCUCCGCUCUACGUUGACGGGGUGCUGGGGGAGCCUGGAGAGGACACCCUCAUAAUGACAAUAUUUGGUCAUUUCAGUCAUCGGUCCGAGUGGCAACUUGUCAAAAUUGACUUCCGGUCCAUUUUUCAACACCGAUGCACAUCUGAGGAUUAUCUGACAUGGCAGCUGCACAGUGAGGGGGAAGUGUGCAUCAUGGGAAUGAAGAGAAUCCUCCAAAAACUUAAAACAAACGUUCGAUGUGUCAAGGCCAGAGAUCAGUAUAUUUCCCAGAUGUCGGAGUCUUGCUCGUGCACAGAAGCAGAUUUUGAGUGUGACUAUGGGUUUGAGAGGCAGAUUGAUGGGAGCUGCUCUCCGGCUUUCUGGUUCGUUCCUACAGCGACAGUGAGGGACUGCGUCAAGGGGGACAGUUUCCUCAACACCACAGGAUAUCGCAAGGCCUUGUCUAACAACUGCACCGAAGGAACUCUGCUCAAGUACAGCCCCAGGCGACAGAGGUGUCCCAGUCAGGCCCCCAGGGGCCUCCAGCUCUUCACCAGUGAGGGAACACUGGUUGCAACACUGGGGAAGAAUGUCACCUUCUUGGUGUUUCUGGAAGAGGGUCUUGGCUCCACGACGAGUAUAACAGUGGACUUUGGAGAUGGGACGGCCAUAUCGUACGUCAACAUAAGCUCCAUCGACGACGGCAUCAAGCACAUCUACAGCAAAGUCGGCAUCUACCAUGUUUCUGCUACAGCGAGCAACACGCUGGGCUUUGACAGGGUGAUACUCUAUCUUCACAUCUCCUGUCAGCUUGAGCAGGUCCAGCUCUCGUCUCCUUCAGUGGUCGUCAAGAACAAAGCAGUGAACCUCACCACGGUGUUACGGCCCAGCGAUGUGGGAACAGUCAUCUAUUACUGGUGGUUAGAUAACAAAACUGAGCCUGUUGUGACCCUGGACGGAACCAUGUCCUUAACUUUCUCCAAAGAGGGAAGAUACACGGUCACCGUUCAGGCAUCAGUUGGCAAUACUGUCCACCAGGACCAAAUGACUGUAGCAGUUUACGAUUAUUUCCGGUCGCAUGUUUUGGCCUUCUCUUCUAAUUUGGAUGAGCUGAACCCUGGGGUGUCUGAGUGGAGAGAGGAUAUCUGCCGAGUGGUGAAGAGCUCCAUGGUUCAGGUCACAGGAAUCAGCGCGGAUCAGCUCCUGGUCACCGUGCUUCCAGGUUUACCGACCACGGCGGAGGUAUUUAUCGUGCCUGAGAGGAGGUCAAGAGACGGAGCCGCGGGUGAAAAGUGGGCGCACCUGGAUCAGAUUUCCCAGGUUCUGCUAAGUGCUCUGAACCAGGACCUCAUCCAGUUCACACUCAAGCCGGGGGUGCAGGUGAACGUAUAUGCCACGCGGCUAUCUCCGGCUCCUCUCGUGGACAGCAGCGAUAGCGGCCACAGCGGCACUGCAGUCAUCCUGCUCGUUUCAGUCGUGCUGAUGGGAUUGGCUGUGUUUGUAAUAUAUACGUUUAAAAGGAAGUUCCCGGGCAUCAACACUUACACAGCGGAGCAGCCUGACAAAGAACAAGAGGUCAUCCCGACAGUGACCUCCAUAGCCGUCCCAGACCCUGAGGGUGACAAGCUGACUUCACUGGAUCAUGUGGAUGUACAGCUGGACUCAAAAAGCAGAGGCUACCUGCCAUCUCACACAGACAUCAAGCUCUCUGAUGAAGCGCCCCAUGUGUUUUAAUGUUGAGAGUCUAUGACCGACUCAAAAGCAAUACAUCUUCUUUGGCAGUUACUUCCAGCAAGCUAUGAAACCACGGUCACAAUGAAUAGUCUCGAGUGUUUUGCUACCCAUGCAUGGAUGGACCAGUUCACACUGUGCUGCCUAAUCCCUCCGAGGAGACUGUACAGAUUUAUACUCGCUUCUUGGAAGAAAAAAAAGAGGGACACUUUUUGACUGAAAAUACUUGUAUUUUUGCAAGGACAUUGAUCUUUUUAUGUAAAUAAUAACAUCCAUAAUGGAGGAGGUAAGAGUUAUUUGUCUCAGCUGCGUUACAGCUGCGUCUGCUCAAAUAUGAAAAUAUCAAACGGGGGAACAGAAGUGAUGUGUAAUAAUAUCUUGGAGAAGAAAAAAAAAAAUGCUUUUAUUCCUGCUCUUUGGGGCUCGUGUUUGUGAAGUUUACUUUGUUUAACUAUGUGGAAGUAGCUUAUCGGAGUUAAGACAGUGAGGGAAGCAGAUUCAUUAAGCUCUGUACAAUCAGUUAAUCUUAUCAGCACAUUCUCAUCAAAUGAAAGCUUGCAAUAUCCAGGAGAUGAAGGAGGAGGGCCUCUAGUCCCAGAUCUGAGUAUUCCAUCAAGUCUGUCUCUCUGCUGCUCCGAAUGUUCUACAUGUCAUAACAAAAAUAUCAAAACAGAGGAUAUAGGUGUAGAGAGUGGAUGAGAAACGGAGCAAUCCCUCUUGUUUAGGAGACUAAAGUUGUUUUAGAGACACUGGAACAAAAUGUUAAACCCACUUUAAAACAGAUUAUGCGCAAAUCUUCUAAUCUAAAUCAUGCAUAUGGAUUAGAGUCGCAGCAGCAGCCUUACUUUUGAUUUGAUUUACAGACAAACAAAAGCCAUGACUUUUUAAACUUGCGCUUCAUAUUCAUUUGUUGCCAGGAGCAUUUCUUGUACAUUCUGGUUUCUAGAAGAACAAUGUUUGAUAUUAUGUUUAUUUCUCUGCAUGAACAAAGAUGCCACAUUGUGCAGCUCUUCAAUGGUAAUGCAGCAAGAAAAAGAAGAAAAAGAACAGUUUUAAUUAGUCAUUAGUUCAAGGUUUAUUCACCGGUAGAUUUAGAGACUGCAGCUUGAGCUCAGAUCCAAAAUAUCUGACGUGUUUUUUGUUGUUUCUUUGAACUGAUCUCACUGUGAAGGUUGUGGUGCCCUCACUAUAACUACACCAGGUUGGUUGCAAUGUUUUAUUCAUUCUCGACUGUUUCGUGUUAACCACAAUGAUACGAGCAGCUCCACAUGGUUUCUCCUCUCAGUUUACAGUAAAAGCAGAAGGAGCUUGCGGUCUGUUCUAGGUUCGCCCCCCCCCCCCCCUCGUGAGGACGCAGCGGACAAAAGGGUGCAGAAUUGUUCGUCUCCUUGGCUGCGAGGGACGCGCGGAUAGAGAAAGACGUAUCUUCUGUCAAUAAGGCUCAGCCUACACACAGGGCUUUGGUCAGCCGCUGUCUCUUUGGGAUAAGUACUGAAGUUUUUCUUCAUCAAACUUUUCUUUUUAAGUGUUGUCAGCAUCAUAUGUCAGGAAGACAAAUUGACUAGAGGCCUCUCCAUACUUCUUCCCUCCAAUCCUCCAUUUGAGCCUGAAGCAUAAAUAAACUUGUGCUCACGAUCAGAUGAACUCUGUCUCCCCACACCGAUACAUCAGAGGAGUUUUUACUCGGUGCUCGACAUUUAUUUACUCAAUUCUUUUUGUUGUCCCACUAAUCAACCUGUGAAUAUGAUUGUGAACAUAUUUGCAUGAUGCUUUUAUUUUUUUCUAUUUCAAGUUACUUGAAAAUGUGUCUUUACUAGCAGAAAUGAAAUGUUAGAAGUGUGAACUGCAGUAUUCUCCAUUUCUCAAGA